GGAGGGAGGGAGAGAGACAGGGAGAGAGAGAGGCAGCACAGCUGACCUUCAGAGGGAAAAGCAAGGAAUAGCCAACCCAAUAGGCAGGCAGCUUAACGGAGGAGAGCAAAGUGUGGUGGCAGAUCGAGGUAGAAAAGAAAGUCAAAAGCAAGCCCUCAGUGAUAAAGAAAGGACUUCAGAGGGCAGUACCAACUACUGGACAAUGAAGGCUGAGCUAGGAUACUGCUCUCUGCUUCUUCUUCUCCUUACUGUAGAUGUUUGGGGACAGCAGACCAGACCCCGACCUCGACCUCGACCAAAACCUCCCACCACCAGGAGGCCUCCCAAGAAAGAACCAGAACCCAUGGAGCCCACUGACUUUCCUCCUGUUAUCAUUGGUCCUCCUUCUUCAUUCCCAGACUGCCCAAGGGAAUGCAUGUGCCCCGCUUCCUUCCCAAAUGCCUUGUACUGUGAGAACCGCAACCUCCGCAGAGUCCCGGUCAUCCCGCCUCGCACCCACUAUCUCUACCUACAGAACAACUACAUUGAUUCAGUGACUGCAGAUUCCUUUAACAAUGCCACAGAGCUCAAGUGGAUAAACCUGGGGAAUAAUCGGAUUCGGUCUAUAGAGAAACAAGUGUUUGAGAAGAUUCCAAACCUGCUGCAUCUAUAUAUGCAGAAGAACUUUUUAAAGGAAGUCCCAAGCAAUCUGCCUAGUGGUUUGGAGCAACUACGACUCAGUCGCAAUCAGAUCUCAAAGAUCGCUCCUGGAACGUUCAACAAGAUGGAACACCUUGUUCUUCUGGACUUGCAUCAUAACAGGAUCAGCGACAGCAACCUAGCCAAGAAUAUCUUUAAAGAUCUUAAAAAUCUGGUACAGCUUAACCUGGCUCACAACAUCCUGAGGAAGAUGCCUGCAAAUAUACCCAACAGCAUAGCCCAGUUGUUCUUGGACAGGAACAACAUUGAGGACAUUCCCCAGGACUAUUUUAAGGACUUCACGAACCUGGCCUUUGUCAGACUUAACUUCAACCACUUGACUGACAAGGGCCUCCCAAAAAUGGUAUUCAAUGUUAGCACACUGAUGGAUUUGCACUUGGCGCACAACAAUCUGACUACCGUUCCACUGUUCAACACCCACCUGGAGCAUCUACACCUUAACAACAACAAUAUUGAGAGUAUCAAUGGAACAGCGAUCUGUCCUUUUACCCUGACUGAGGAUGUGCAUGAUCCAGACAGCGUGCCCAGGCUGAGGUACCUCCGGCUGGAUGGUAACCACUUGACCCCACCCAUCCCACUGGACGUCAUCAUGUGUUUUAGACAUCUCCACUCAAUAGUGAUUUAGAGGACGUCUGAAUCUCUAUGCACAGUGCUCCUGUUCACUUGACAGUACUGACUGAAUUAACAGUACUACAGUAUGGGAAACACAAAGAAAUAGCAAUAUACAGUUGCUUAAUAGCUUCAGGAAUGUUUGCCUGAGCUUCAAAAAGCAUAUUUAUUAAACUUCAAAUAGGAACAACCGCUUUGAGCAUGUCUGCGUUAAAGAUACACAUUUGAUGUUAUGUUCUUGUGAUGCAACAGUAUUAACUACAAUUAAUAUCUAUGAAAUAAAGGUACAUUAACUGACAUGCAGUUUUCAAUCUACAUUGUAGUUAUGAAUAAUGCACUGAAAUAGUUAAAGUGCAUUGAAAAUGCUGCCUAUACACUCACUUAUUAACACCUGUUAUUCAACCAAUUAUCCAAUCAAGUCAAUCACAUGGAAACAGUUCGACAGCAAGUCAUGCAGAUAAAGAUUCUGUUCAUCAAUACUAAUGUUCAUCAAACAUCAGAAUGAGGGAAAUGUGAUCACACUGAUUUUGACGGUGGCACGUUUAGUUGGUUUGAGGGUUUCAGAAAAUGCUGAGCUCCUGGGAAUUUCACAUCUCUGGAGUUUACACAGAAUGGUGCAAAAAGAAGGAAAAAAAAAACUCAGUGAGUGGCAGUUCUGUGGUUGGAAAUGCCUUGUUGAUGAGAAAGGUCAGAGAAAAAUGGUCAGAGAAGAAUGGUCAAGAGGCCAAGAGUGUUUAGAGCUAACUGGAAGGCUAUGGUAACUCAAAUAACCACUCUUUCACCUUGAGGUGGGAGGGCUACAAUAGCAGAGCACCACAUCAGAUGCCACUCUUGUCAGUCAAGAACAGGUAAGUAAGGCUACUAGCACACAUAAAAAGACCAGUCGAAGUGUUUUCCUGGUCUCGACUGACAGGAGUGGAACCUGAUUGCUGUUCUGUAGCCUAACUGCCUCAAGGUUUGGCAUGUUAUGCAUUCCGAGAUGCUUUUCUGCUUAUAAUAGUUGUAAAGAAUGUUUAUGAGAGUUACUGUAGACUUGCUGUCAUCUCAACCCAUUUAGGCCAUUCUCCACAUGAUUGGCUGAUUGGACAAUUACGUGAAUGAGCAGGGGUACAGGUUCUCCUGUUACAGUCUCAGGUGAGUGUAUGAGGACUAAUAAAAUGAAUAUAGUCACUUUAAAAGAUGAAGAAAUGGAAAUGGGAACAACGUGACUACCAUGUAGUUUAAACCGUGCUUAAUGUGCCUGUGUUUUUAAGGUAAUGUAAACAAAUAAUAAUAAUAAUUUCAUGUUUUCAUUUGCCUUCGUGCAUCUUCUGAGCAUAAAUAAAACAUGUUUUUAACAAUGGGGUACUCCCUCAACAA